AUGGCCACCAGAAAUCAUAUGAGUAAACCUACUUCAGCCUCGUUGGCGAUUCCUCCUCGUGCGAAGUCUGUCAACAGUACCAAGGCAAACUUUGACGUCCGCCUGUUGCCCAUGCAGGACAUAGUGGCCGCCGCUCCCACCGAGGCCCUUAUCGAGUGGUACCACCUUCUCACUUCCGAGCUCUAUCAGCGCCAGAGUACUUCUCGACAUCUCCACGACUGGUCUUACUCCCUGCAGUACGCCCUUGUUGGCCCUUCUGGUGUCGGCAAGACGAAUCUCAGACUUAUGUUCACUGAGAACGUUUUCCGAGUUGCCUCUACCCCCACUACCGGUGUGGAGUUCUCCAAGACCAUAGUUGAUGUUGACAACGACCGGAUCAAGCUGCAGAUGUGGGAUACUGUGUGGGGCAAAUACACUGCUUCCUAUUGUCACGGUGCUGCUGUUAUCUUCUUCGUCUAUGAUAUCAGCAGACGCGAGUCCUACGAUGAGCUUAUCAAGUUUAUACAGGAGAUUCUCCCUUCCCUCGACAAGAGCCUCACCAAGGUUCUUAUUGGCAACAAGGCCGAUUUGCUCGGCCGUGAAGUCACCGCUGAGGAGGCCGCCAGUUUCGCUCGUGAGAACGGGUUGUUGUUCAUGGAGACCUCUGCAAGACCGGUUCUCCUGCAGCUCCAGAUGGGCAUGAUCGAUCCCGCUUCAACCAAGGGUAUCCGCUCUGCUGGUCGCAAUAGCAAUCGUGUUAGUACGGUUACUGAGCGCGGUUGCAACUUGCUCCGUAACUCCGUUGUCAACAAGGCCGAGGCUUUCACUGACAGUGAGCGUGAGGAGCUUGGUUUGGUCGGUUUGCUCCCGCCUAAGGUGUUGGAUCUCGAUGUCCAGUCUAGGAGGUGUUAUCUGCAGUUCUCGCAGAAUUCCAAUGAUAUCGAAAAGUAUAUCUACUUGGAAAGUCUGCAUGAUCGUAACGAGACGUUGUACUUCAAGCUGCUUGUGGACCAUGUUGCUGAGAUGAUGCCCAUUGUCUACACCCCUGUUGUUGGUNNNNGUUUUGAGAAAUGCCAACUCGAAGAAGGGUUGAAAUACAAGGCGUACUGUGAAACGUUACCGAGAUGGGGUCUGUUCUUCGCCUGA